CAGUUUAUUUUAAUCGUUCUCUUCUCUCUCAAGGAUACACUGCGGUGGCGACCAACAAAUAUGACGAUAGCACUGGAGACGUUACAGUUACAGCAGAUCCAGCAAACACUAGCGGAGAUCAAGGAACGAACCCCCGACGUGAACAUCUCAAGGUUCGUCGCCUCCGUUUUGGGCGAUUGGAUGGAGACGGAAUACGCGACGUCGGAGCGGAAGAGGGGUGACGCCGGUCACGGACGCGGCGCGGGACCGUCUGACGCGCGGCCGUGCGCUCCCACUCUGGAGAUGGACUGGGCGGCAUGCGUCCUCCCUCUGCACGGCGAGGACGCGCACUUCGGGCACGCCGAGGCCGGCGUCGUCGGCGUCGCGGACGGUGUCGGCGGGUACCGGGACAAUGGCGUGGACGCCGGCGCGUUCGCACGAGCUCUCAUGGCGAACGCCCUGGCGUCGGCGGAGCGCGUGGCCAAGGCUAGCAGGAGGCUCCGCCGCCUCUGCCCCGAGAAGGUGCUGGAGCGGGCGCACAAGAAAGCGGCCGCGGAUGAAACGCCGGGGGCGUCCACGGCCGUCAUCCUGGCGCUCCACGGCACGGCGCUCACGUGGGCGUACAUCGGCGACAGCGCCUUCGCCGUGCUCCGAGGCGGCAAGAUCAUCUGCCGUUCGGUGCAGCAGCAGCGCCGCUUCAACUACCCGUACCAGCUGAGCUCCGAAGGCGGCGGCCUCGACGACGCCAAGGUGGGCAGCAUGCCGGCGGCGAGGGACGGCGACGUCGUAGUCGUCGGGACGGACGGGCUGUUUGACAACGUGCACGACUGGCAGCUCGAGCGCGCCGUGCGGAUGGGCACCAACCUGGGCUUCUCUCCCAAGAACAUGGCGGACAUUAUCGCGGGCAUCGCCUACGGGAUAUCCAAGGACAAAUGGGCAUGCACGCCGUUCGGUAUGGGAUACAUGAAGGUACACGGGCUGGCGCGGCGUGGCGGAAAGAAAGACGACAUCACGGUCAUCGUCGCGCAUAUUGUCUCCAAGGGUUCGUGAUUUUUCAGGGGUUGCGGUUGAUUUUUGGACGCUGGCAAAAUGUCCCAGACGCUCCAAAAAUUUAGCUGUGGACACUUCCACUUCAAUGCAAAAAUAUUAUACAUCAGGAAAGUUUUAGUGCAGUUCUAAUGGUGCGUUGCUACACAUGUCCGAUCAAAAUUUAGGGCUUGAUUAGAAGUAAAAUAUUUUUUGUAAUUUCUAAGUAAUAUCAUGAUUUAUAAGAUUACCAGAUUAUUUUAUGUCAUACGAUGUUUGAUUGCAUUAU